AUGAGCUAUGCCCCAGUUCAAGAUGACAGGACUAGAAAGGUAGUUAUCUUUAAUCAACAUGAUAUGAGAAUAGCUGAUAUUGUGAGAGAGUACGGUGCAAGCAGCAGCAGUAACAAUAACAAUUACACAAACAAUUACACAAACAAUUACACAAACAGUUACACCAACAACAAUAAUAACCAACAAGCAUCACAUUACCAACAACAACAACAAAGUAACCAUCAUCAGCAACAUGCACAACAAUAUCAACAGCAGCAACAACAACAACAACAUCAACAACAUCAACAACACAAUGAACUACAAGAAUUUGGAGGAGUAGAUGGCGAUGAAGAUGAUGAUGAUGGUAGUAGCGUAAGCUCAAGUAGUGGAAGUGAUGAAGAAGAAGAGGAAAUUGAACAACAACAAAAACUACAAAAACUACAAUAUAAACCUACAUUUGGUUCAAAUAUGUUGGCAAAAUUUGGAUAUAAAGAAGGACAAGGUUUGGGUAAAGAUAAUGAUGGUAUUGUGAAUCCAAUUGAAGCAAUACAAAGAGUAGGAAAGGGAGGUAUUGGUGCUGCACAACCAACAUUGGGUGAGAUACCCAAACCAGAUUACACGGCAGAUGAAAUACAUGGUUUAGAAACAAAAAUAUUCCCAGCUGAUCAACAAGUUGUUUGGAUACGUGCAGUCAAUGGUGAUCAAUGGGAAAUAGAAAAACAAAGAAUACUCGAUGUUCAAUCAGUCGAUGACCUCGACUACCAAUUACAAGUAUCUGAUGCAUUUGUCAUCCCUGAACGUGGCAAUCAAAUAUGUCCUCCAGAAUUGAUUGCUAGAUUGGAAGAACAGAAAAAUGUAUUGGACACUGUCGACAGAAAUAUAUUUAUUAGAGCUCGUUCAAGAGCCAAUCCAUAUGAAGAUAUCAAAGGUGCUAUUUUCCAAAAUAGAGCUGCUCUUAAAAUGGCAAAUUUAGAUCAACUUGCUCAAGUUUCAAUGCCAGGAAAAAAGAUAUACUUUGCAGAUGUUUGUGCAGGUCCUGGAGGGUUUACAGAAUAUUUGUUGUAUAGAAAGGUAAAGGAAGGUGGAGCAAGAGGAUUUGGGUUUACAUUGGAAGGUGAUUGCGAUUGGAAAUUGGACAACUUUACAGAUGAUAGUCACAUUAAAUUCACAGCCAAUCCAGCGAGUCCCGGACGUGUGUUUCGAGAACAUUCGAGAAACUAUGUCAAUCCAGCUGACACCAAUUGGAACUUUAUGAUUGAUUAUGGUGCCGACAAUGAUGGCGAUGUUUUAAAGAGUAAAAAUAUUAAGCAUUUUUCAAAUCUAGUCUUGAAACGUACAGAUGGAAAACGAUUGGAUCUCUUUAUGGCAGAUGGUGGUGUGAGUACCGAUGGCAAUGAAAACAACCAGGAAUUCCUUCUUCAACAUCUCAUUCUUUGUCAAUUCCUCAUGAUGUUUGAAACACUUGGUGAAGGAGGUAACUUUGUUUGCAAGAUUUUCGAUACAUUCAAUCCAUUUACAAUUGGUCUAAUGUAUUUAGUCUAUCUACAAUUUGAUUCAUUUUCAAUUAUUAAACCUUAUACAAGUAGACCUUUAAAUUCUGAAAGAUAUGUUGUUGCCAAAAAAAAGAUGGCAAGAAAUCAAAACAUUAUUGAUUAUUUACAUGUGGUAAACGAAAAAUUAAACAAAGGAGAAAAUGUAACAAAGAUUGUCGAUUAUGCUGAUGAUCAAUUUAAACAAUAUGUUUAUAAAACAACUAAAGAUUUAUGCGAAAUCCAAAUUGAAGCUUUUAACCAUUUAUUCUUAUGCUUUGGAGACAAUACUUUACAAAUAGGUGAUCAUGUAAAAAUUAAAGAAGAUUGUCUAAAGAUAUGGAAUAUCCCAAAUGAAUCUAGAAAUGAUAGAAGAAGAAAUAAUAAUUUUAAUCGUAAUAAUAAUCAUAAUAAUAGACAUAAUAAUGGUAAUAAUAACAAUGGUAAUGGUAGACCAUCUUAUCAUCCAUAUCCAUCACACCAAAAUCAAACCAAUCGACAAGGUGCUUAUAGCCACUUUAAUAAUAAUAGAGAUAAUAAUAAUAGAGAUAUGGGAGAAAAAAAUUAUGAAAGAUUCAAUGUGGAAGCUUUGGCAAACGAUAGUGAAUCAUAUUCUCAUAGUGGAAGUGGAGGAAGAGCACAAACUCUCAAACCAUCAUCUGCUUUGGGUAAAAGAACCCAUCAACAAUCUACUACAACCGAUCCACAGCUCGACACAUCGUCACCUCAGUUUGCAGCUGCAGUUGCAGCUAGAGUUAUCUAUCAAAAAUGUGAUAAUAGAGAUUUUUAUUUGUACAAACAAUUAAUCAUAAAGAUUAAAUGA